UCUGCCUCAUAACUUCAAGAAGAGCUCUUAUCUAUAACAUUUAAAGAAAAAUGAAGAUGAUAAUCCAUGUUUUCUUCAUCAUCUCCCUCUUUUCAUCCAUCGCUUUUGCCUCUGUUCAAGACUUUUGUGUAGCUGAUCCAAAGGGUCCUCAAAGCCCAUCAGGGUACUCUUGCAAGAACCCUGACCAGGUCAACGAAAAUGACUUCGUAUUUUCAGGCCUCGGCAAAGCUGGAAACACUUCGAACAUCAUUAAAGCCGCAGUUACUCCUGCUUUUGCGCCAGCUUUCGCAGGUAUCAAUGGUCUUGGUAUCUCUAUGGCUCGCCUUGACUUAGCCGGUGGUGGUGUCAUCCCUCUUCACACUCAUCCUGGUGCUUCUGAGGUCCUUGUGGUCAUACAAGGCACCAUUUGCGCUGGAUUUAUAUCUUCUGCUAACAAAGUUUACUUGAAGACACUAAACAGAGGCGAUACGAUGGUGUUUCCUCAAGGGCUUCUUCAUUUUCAGCUUAACUCCGGGAAAGGCCCUGCCUUGGCCUUUGUCGCCUUUGGAAGCCCUUCCCCGGGACUCCAGAUUACAUCGUUUGCUCUGUUUGCAAACGAUUUGCCUUCGGAACUCGUUGAAGCCACAACGUUCCUCAGCGACGAAGAAGUCAAGAAGCUUAAGGGUGUGCUUGGAGGAACUAAUUAAGCUUCACUUAGUUUUCAUUUUUCUCUAAUUUUCUAUUGAAAUGUGUUUUAUGCGUGUUUUGUUAUUCGAGUUCCUCCUUAAGCAUAUUCAAAUGGUUGUGUUUUCUUUAUGUGGUUGUUAUUGUUCCUCAAUGUUUCAUUUCUCAUGUCUCUUCGGCUUGUAACAACUAAUAAGCAUAUUACAUUGCAGAUGUCUAAGAGGCUUCUCAGCUACUUAAAAUUUUAUUAUAAUCUAAACAGUUUAUCGCACUA